AUGCUGGAAGCCAAGAUCGAGCAGGCUGUCGUGUUUAAGCGUGUCCUUGAUGCUAUCAAAGACCUUGUCGAACAUGCAAACUUUGACUGCAACGAAGAAGGCAUUCGUCUUCAGGCUAUGGACAGCUCUCACGUUGCUCUCUCGGCGGUAGAGCUUCGUGCUGAUGGUUUUGAGGAGUACCGUUGCGAUCGUCCGAUGAGCAUUGGCAUGGCUAUCACAAGCCUUACCAAGGUGUUGCGAAGUGCCAACAACAAUGAUAUUCUGAAUAUGCGCAAGGCGGACAAUGCUGACAGCCUCCAUCUUGUGUUUGAAGGCACAAGCUCUGACCGUAUCGGCGAGUUCGAUCUCAAGCUCAUGGACAUUGACACGGAACACCUCGGUAUCCCAGACACGGAGUAUGAUGCUGUGGUGAAGCUCUCGUCGAACGAGUUUGCUCGCAUUUGUCGUGACCUCUCGAACAUUGGUGAGAGUGUCAAGAUCACCAUUACCAAGGAAGGUGUGACGUUCUCGACGGAGGGUGAGAUCGGUGAGGCUCGGAUGACCUUGAAGCAGGGCUCUGGCUCCGCUGCUCGCUUGGAUGACGAUGACGAUGAAGCAGACCCUCUUGAUGACGAGGACAGUGACCGUUUCAGUAAGAAGCGCAAGACAGGCGCUGGCUCUAGCAGCGCUGCCGGUGCGGGGGCCGUUGUUCCCGUGGAGAUCCAACUGGAAAAGGCCGUGGCUCUCACCUUCAGUGUGCAAUACUUGGUCAACUUUACCAAGGCGGCCCCCUUGGCUUCGGCUGUUACACUCCAUAUGGCAGACAAGGUGCCUUUGCUGGUGGAGUUCGCCUUUGAAAAUGGACACGUUCGCUACUACUUGGCUCCCAAGCUGGCGGAGACCGACGACGAUUAA